AAAUAAACGAACGAUAUCAUAUCUUUUUAUCUCUGUUUAUAUGGAUGCGAGUUGCCUUUUGUACGAUUUCCUUUAUGGUGAUUGUCGAACAUAUCAAUUUAUCCGCUUGAAACUGAAGCUUACGUUUCGCUAUUACAACCCGUAUGUCUGCAAUGCUUGUCCAGUGAAGAGAGAUGUCAAUGACAGUAAUCGAGACGAGACCUUUUUUUUUAAAAAUUGUGUGUGCAUCGCGCCUUAACUGUGUGUUUCUGCGCGCGUUUGCUGUCAAAUAAAAUGGAAUGAAAGUUUGUUAAAGCAUUUCAACGAUACUAAGGAUACUGAGAGGAGAAGUGGGACUAAAACCAAGCAAAUAUUUGUAGCUGAUAUUUUAAUUUUAUUCAUCGUGGUCAGCUUAAAAGUCGAUAGUAAAUCAACGCAAUUCUUAACAAUUUUAACAGAUUAAGUUCAGAUUAAGUAAACACUAGUUUGUCGACAGAGAAUCUAGAGGAAUCACUGUGUUUUACAGAUGAAGUUCUGCCUAAAAUAUUGCGAAUUUAUUAAUCAGGUAAACUUUUUUAUUUACCGCGUGAAUUUAAUCGCGUGUAGCGCAGGUAGUUGGCAUGAUCGUGGAUAUUUAUAAAUGAUCUUCAAUACUUAGUAUUGACAAGCAGGAGAAAUAUGCAUAUGCCAAUCACUAAAGGAAGUGUGGGUCUUUUAGCGAGUUAACCAGCACUCGUAUGUGUAUGAAGGCAGCGAUGACAAGUGUCUCGUUUAAAAAGACUGUACUCAUGCAGAGAUCGAUUUCUCCCAAGUAUGUGGCUAUAUACAGGCAGCAAGUAUGAGAAGCAUACUAAAAUGUUUACAUAAAUGAUAUAAGCUGUGCAAUCCGUCGAUCUUGUUUAAGGAGUUACGCCCACCUCUGGAUACGGGAUCCUCAAGCUUGCUUGAUUACUAUACAAGAACGAGAACCAAUCGUUGUCUCCGCGAAGCACGCGUUUGGCGUUGCCUCCCUUGAAGCGUGUUGCUACUUGCAUGUUUGGGUAGCUUUUAACGGGUACCAAUCCUGUUCAUACUUGUCGUUUGAACUUGUAUUACGUGAUUUGACUGACCUUCACCCACUAGCUGCCUGUAUAUAUAGGCCUGUCAUGCAUCGAAGUGCCCCAAGAAACUCUAUAGGAAGUGAAAUAUCUGUUCAACAGUAAGAAGGCAGUCGUUCGGUUAUCAUGAGUCGACCCAAACGAAAGGCUGUGGUAGACACAGCCAAGCGGGUUAAAAAGGCAAGGGGUGAGACAGAUUUAGGCUGGGGUCUUAACUGGUCCUCAGCUGGGACCAUGCAUAAAGGGAUGUGUCCCUUACUUGUGUUGACUUCCUCCGAGCUGGAGGGUCGAGAGAAGGUGGCGAGCUUUGAUAUUGACUUCACAGUCAUCAAGACAAAAAGUGGGCGUAAGUUCGCUACAGGUGAAAAUGACUGGGAAUGGUGGGACAAAAGUGUACCAGGCAAGCUAUGCAGUCUGGAUGAAGAUGGAUACCGUCUGGUGUUUUUCACAAACCAAGCAGGUAUUGAAAAGGACAAGGUCAAACCUGAAACAGUCAGGAACAAGGUAGAAGCCAUCAUUAAGGAGCUUGCUGUUCCAGUACAGGUUUUUAUAUGCACAGGAACUAAUCACUAUCGAAAGCCAUCACCUUUGAUGUGGGAGUAUUUGAACGAGAGCUGUAAUCAAAGUGUUGUGGUUGACAAAGCAAAGAGUUUUUAUGUUGGAGAUGCAGCUGGACGUCCUAAAGGGUGGGCUAAGGAAAAACCUAAGGACUUUUCAUGCAGUGAUCGGAUGUUUGCUGCCAACGUUGGCAUUAAAUUCUAUACACCAGAAGAAUUCUUCUUAGGAGAAUCUGCAGCCAAAUUUGAGUGGGGUUCAAUUGAUCCUGUGAAGUUCCUGAUGUCAGUGCCAACAACUAAGUCCAAAGAACAGCACCACAAGAAGAAUCAGGAGCUUCUUGUACUGGUGGGAGUACCAGCAUCAGGAAAAAGCACAUUUUCAAAGCAGUACUUUCAGCCAAAUGGCUAUGUUUCUGUUAAUCGUGACACCCUUGGAACAGUACAAAAAUGUCUCAAGGUUGCCAGAGAGGCCUUGGACAGUGGCAAGAGUGUUGUUGUAGAUAAUACCAACCCAUCCCGUUCUGCACGUGGGGCUUUUCUGGAGCUAGCAAAAGAGUUUGGUGUACCAUGUCGAUGCUUUUGGCUUCAGACUUCAUUGGCUUUGGCUCAUCAUCUGAACUUGGUGCGGCAAAAUCAGACUGAUGGUGGUGUGCGUCGAGUGCCAGAUGUUGGAUACAAUAUGUUCAAAAAGAACUUUGAAGAGCCUGCUAUGGAUGAAGGAUUCACAGAGAUUAAAAAAGUGGAUUUUGUGCCAAGGUUUGCCAGUACACGAGAUGAAAACAUCUUCAAACAAUGGACUACAGCUGGUCAUUAGCUGUUAAUUUCAUCUGGCUGCACUUAACCAUGUGCACCCUUGCCCACCCACACAUAGAACAUGCUGGCUGUGUGCACCAGAAGACAAAGACUACGACUAAAGAAUUUAAUGCUCAGAAUGAAUACAAGCCUGUCAUUUUCAGUGUGUUUAUUUUCAAAGCUACCCAUAAUCCUCUGUAAUAUGAUCUGUAAACCUUUCUCUAGCCUAAUGCAGUGAAUAUUGAUGACAUUAUCAUAAUAGAAAUUUAUGCUGUAUCACAUAAAUCUCACUGUUAAAUAUGAAGUAAAAAGAAAGUUAUGUUUAGGCUGAGAGACUUUAUUUGCAAAAAUUACACCUAACAAAUAUGAGGUUAAUAAGCCUGGUAUGCAUUGAUCAUUUUUCUAACAUUUUUGAUCUCUUAUUGCCAUACAGUAAUUUAUAAAUUAUGUUGAAGUAAGAAAUUGUCUUUCACGUAUCUCUAAAUCCCACCUUCUGUGAUAAAGUGCCAUAUUUGCUACCUUUUUAAAUACAUUUUUUGUUACAUAUAUAUAUAUGUCACAUUUUUAUAGAUCACGAAUGUGCUUUAGCUUAUGUUUUAGUCUACAGAGUAUUCAAAAUGAGUGUUGUUAUAGCGGAUAGGCUCAUUGUAAACUCUUUAAUUUAUUGUUUUACUCUUCAAGUCUUGUUAUUGAAUGACAUUUAUUCAUUUUCCCAAAUACAUUAUUUAUGUAGCAUAAGGGCCAUGUGUAUGCAUGUGCUUACGUUUAUAUGUAUGUGCAAGGUUGUGUGUGUGCAUUCAUAUGCACGUUCAUGUACAUGCACGUCAGUGACAGGAAAAAGUGAACAUGUAUAUUAUGUUCACUGUGCACUACCUUAAUUGAGUCUAGUGUCAGUGCUUUAAGUUUCUUUUUCUGUACGCUGGUGUCGACAAGCAAUUCAGCAGAAGAAGGUUGUAUCAGACAUUACUGCUUCUGCAAAUGAAAUUUUUCUUUAUUAUAUUACAUCUUCGUUACUAGUAAACAGUUCAUCUGUCAAAAUAUUUUAGAUUUCAUCACUUCUGAUUGAAGAUUUUAUCACUUUGGACACUUUAUCUGCGCUGAAAAUGUGAUGCAAAUUUUUAAUGUAAAAUUGUUGAACCAUAUUGGCUACAUCAUUGUGUUUUUGCACUGAUGUAAAUAGGCAACUAGGCGAUGUAAUAUAUUAGCUCUGUUCUGCUAUUUCUACCUCAGAAAUAUACUCCUGUUGGUUGUUAGGGAAUGUUUUGUGUUUAUUAAAGCAACAGAUUUAAGUAAACACUUUUGAGAGAUUAAUCCAGUGCGCAUAAUUACAACCAUAUUCAUAUCAAAACUUUUAGCUAAUGACAUGGUUUUGUGUUCUUCAGACAUCAGAGGUGAGAGACCAGAAUUCAAUGCAUCUUGCCCACCUUUCCAUAUUACACUAUAUAAAUCAGCAAAAAAGGCAAGAAGGAACAAAUAAUUUGUAUUUGCUAUAUUUUUAUAUCUCGCCAUAUGCAUGGAUAUGGUCUGAGCUCAUUGUGUGAAGGUGCUUACUGAAAUAAUUUGCUUUCCAGAUUGUAGUGGUUAGUCCGAUGCCAUUGGAACUUGCGUAGGGUGAAGAGGUCAGCGUAAAUGUACUUUAUGUACUACUGGCAAAGCAGAUGAAACCACUCUGCAGGAUAGACUCCUAGAUUCUGUCCUAGGAUUCAUUCAUGCAUUAUCUGUUAUCAUGCUGGCUUAACCUCUCUCUAAGUUUAAACCUGUUCAGCUGACACUUUAUUUUCUCAAUUUUAUUAUUUCUUCAGCAUGAAGUUCUGGUUGUAAUUUAAUAUUUUGGUUUUGUAAGUAAAUUAUAAAAAAUUUUUGGAUGGUAUUUUUGAUCACAAUUACAGUUAAGCACUGCUA